AUGUCCCUUGGCUACGCUACUACUGCUCCGACGGGAAUUCCCUUCAUUUUUGUGGCUCAAAGCCUUCUUCUUGUCCUCACGCUUCUCUUAAUGAUGGGCCGCGGAUCUCUCGUGAGUCUGCAUCAGCAGUUGUGUCUGCGCUUCGAGAACAUCACCCAGAGAAGUGCCGUGAAUAUCAGCAGUGAGCAGUUGGGGAAACUUGAUGACUCGUUUUCGAGAUUUAAGAUCUGGGGCGAGCGGAUUGGCGUUGGUGAGGGAGCGUUAGAUUUACUAGAGAGGUUUGGGAACGGGUACAAAAGCAGCAUUAUCAAGUCGUUUGAUGGAAUAUACAUCAAACUCAGGGUAAUCGGCAACCUUAUGAAAGAGGGAGAGACGGCGAGCUCAGAAAGAGACGACGAAGCCGACGCGACUGUCAAUCGUAUCACAAAGGAUAUGGAAUCUCUGGAAGAUCAAGUCGCCGACAUCCAGUCUUUUCUCGAAAGGUUAUCUGCACGAGACUCAAUCCCUGAGUUGCGGAAAGCCUCAUCGACUCUUGAUCCCGACGGCCCUCAGAUGCGAUAUGUCUCCAACAGCACCAAUUUGACGACCGGCACCGACUCAACGGGCGGUUCGUCCGCCCCCGUUGCACCUAAAACCCCCCGAAACAACACCAUCGCGAGUCCCAUAGACAGAAAAGCCCUUCGAGUCCCAACUGAUACCACGACUACUUCUUCAAACAAGACCCGCGACGCUUCGGAAUGGGAAGAAGAAUGGGAUCGCGAGUUCCGCAUCGCAACCAUAUCAGCCACUGAAUCCCAUGCCAGCUUCACCAUGGCUAGCGAUGACGAAAACAACGGCAAUGACAAGUCCACCGCAGCCUUCGCGAGUCGCAAGGCGGAAAAGUCAUCUCAGGGAAAGGAUGCAGCGCGCCCUCACCCAGCUAAUACCACAUGGAUGGAGGACACGUCGUCGACAUUCAAGGGUGAAGACUCAGAAGAGCUGGCGAAAACGAAGACGCGACAACCGCUAGCGUCCGCCGAGAGGACCAGCCGUGAGCAGGACGACGAGAUAUUUCGUAAACACGUCAGCUCACGAAUGAGACUCCUGGAGAGGCAGAACAGGAGUCUAGCGCGGAAGAUAGGAGAGCUUCAAGGAGGCGAAGUAAGCGAGGGUGACCAGAAGGUCAUAAUCGAGCGAUUUGUAAAGACGAAAGAGGAGGAAGCGGCACGAGAGAGGUUGAUCAGAGAGGCCGCCAUCGAAGAGUACAAAGAGCAAUUACGUGUGGAGAAAGCGAAGGAACAAGAGAGCCGGAACAUGCUGUUACGUGAAGCAAGGCUGAUCGAGGACCGCGCACAGCGGCAAAUGACGGACAUCUACCAGCAAACCGGCCUGCAGAUCCGCGAGGCUGACCAACGCCAUCGCGACGAGGUAUUCCAGAUCCAGCAACAAUUCACCUCGGAGCUUCUCGUCAUCGAAAGAAGCAUACAAGAACAGAUCUCAGCGAAAGCCGUCGCAUAUCCCUCGGGCGACGACGGCAGAUGA